CUGAAAUCAAAUGAUUGCCGUUUAUAAAACAUAUAUAUAUAAUAAAAGAUGGAUGAGCAGUUGAUGAUAUCACACGUAAGCUCAGACCAAUUUCCAAGAAGCUCCUUGCUCUCUUUUUAGCAACUUCAGAUUCUCUAAUUUCAAAACCAUUUUUGCCUUUUUCUAAAUUAAUAUCUCUCUUUCAUUAUCCUCACUUGAGAUCGAGCUUAUAUGCUGCGAUCGCCAGUUCUCUAGAUGAUGAUGAUGAUGUUGAACCUCAUUGCUUUCCUCCGCCGCCGUAUCCGAAAGGCCAAAAUCUCCGGUGAUGACCUCACUCCCUCCUCCAACGAGUUUUCUUCAUCUUCCACAGCCGCCAUUCAUCCAAACCCUGAGAAAACCAUCAGAGUCGCCACCUUCAACGCUGCAAUGUUCUCCAUGGCUCCUGCCGUCCCCACCAACAACAACAACAUGAGCUCUAGUGGUCUCCCACUCCGCUCCAAGUCAACCCUCGACCGUCCCAGGAGCAUACUUAAGCAGUCUCAGUCUCCGCUUCACCCCAUUAACAUGAAACAAGAGAAGUUCGCUAAAUCGAGGCUAAGGGUCUCCAUCAAUCUCCCCGACAAUGAGAUUAGCCGCCAGCUCAGUUUCCGUGAGGAUCACUCCCCUCUCAGGCCAGCUCUCUCUUUCUCCGGCGAUCUCCCCUCCACCAGAACGGUUCUUGAUGUUCUGAGGGAGCUAGACGCAGACUUGCUUGCUCUUCAGGACGUCAAGGCGGACGAGGCUGACCAAAUGCGACCCCUCUCCGAUCUGGCGUCUGCCCUCGGCAUGAAUUACGUCUUUGCCGAGAGCUGGGCGCCCGAGUACGGCAACGCCAUUCUCUCCAAGUGGCCCAUCAAAACCUCCAACGUCCACAAGAUUUUUGACCACACUGAUUUCAGGAAUGUACUGAAGGCGACCAUAGAUGUUCCGGGGAGCGGGGAAGUGGAAUUUCACUGCACUCAUCUCGAUCACUUGGACGAGAAUUGGAGAAUGAAGCAAGUCCAUGCAAUUAUCCAAUCUACUGAUAUCCCACACAUACUUGCUGGCGCUCUCAAUUCUCUCAACGAAUCCGAUUACUCUUCCGAGAGAUGGACCGACAUUGUCAAGUAUUACCAAGAGAUGGGUAAGCCAAUACCAAAAGCCCAAGUGAUGAGGUUCUUAAAGAGCAAAGAAUACACUGACGCUAAGGACUUCGCUGGAGAAUGCGAAUCUGUCGUAGUAGUUGCCAAAGGCCAGAGUGUACAAGGCACAUGCAAGUACGGGACACGCGUGGACUACAUACUGGCUUCCUCCGAUUCUCAGUACCAGUUCGUGCCGGGGUCGUAUUCGGUUUUGUCCUCUAAAGGAACAUCUGAUCAUCACAUAGUGAAGGUCGAUCUUGUAAAAGCCAGGGCGGUUCACGUCGACGAGGAACAACCAAAAAGACAGACACAGCAGAGAGCUUCGACGACGACUAUAUAUAAUAAUCCGUCUCUCACAAAGGCCUCCUGGAGGACGCAUUACUACAAAGCGUGAACAUUAAUUAAUCUAUAUAUAUAUACUUACUAGACAUAUAGAUUGCAAAACCUGUUACAGGUUUUCUGGACUGUUAAUUUACACCAUUUGAGAUAUAUGUGUAUAACCUUGGACGUCUCUGUGUUUUAACCUUGAAAUCCGGUAUACUUUCCCAUAGAUUUACAGAUUUCUUUUUCUUUCUGCUUUUACUGUUAAGACAUUGUGGCUUGUUUAACCCUAGAGACCAGACGUAUAUUAAU